UUAUCCAGACCACACUUCAAAGCGGUUGCAAUUCAGUUCCCAUUUGGACCUUGUUUUUUUGUGAAGAAACGCCAAUAAAAGUGAAUAUAUAUCCACUGAAAAUAACAAACACCAGAGAAAGGUCGUUGGCGAGCGGAAGGAGGGAGUCGAGGGGAGGGUGAAUCCUCUCGACUUCGCUCGCUACUCUUUGCGCUCUCUCACCUGUAGCUAGGAAACUAGCCCUCCUCUGCCGCCGGGCUAACACUCGCCAUUGGCGGACGCGUGAUGGGGGAAGUGCCGCUUCUCUGGAAGAAGUCGCCCGCUCCUGCCAUAAACACGGUUGGGAAGCGACCAAGAUAAUAUUUUUCAAUCCAAUCAUGGACUUCGCCGAGGAGUCGUCGCUCGCUUUGGCGUUCGAGAAGGACCCCUUCGAGCUGACGGUGGAGGACGUGUACGACAUCUCGUACGUCGUCGGACGAGACUUGUUGCGGAUCAGCCGAACGGGCGAAGAGGUGUCCGACCUCCAAUUUCGCAUCGUCCGCGUGCUGGAGAUGUUCGAGACGAUGGUCAACAAGUACAACUUGUCCCUGGAGGAGCUGAAAAUGGAGCGGGACAACCUGAAGAGCCAACUGGACCGCGUCGUCACGGAAAGCUCCACCGGCGGCCAGGGCACGCAAGCGGCCGGACCCAACCAGAUGGUGGUGGACCUGAGCGACCCCGACAGGCCUCGUUUCACCAUGCAGGAGCUGAAGGAGGUCCUGCAGGAGAGAAACCAGCUGAAGGCCCAGCUCAUGGUGGCCCAGGAGGAGCUGCAGCUUUAUAAGAGCGGGAUUCUGCCACAGGGCCGAGCGGCCAUGGUCGAAGUGGACCUGGACGAGCCGGCACAAAACGGGGCAGCUGCCGUCAACGAUGCAAAAGAGGAAAAGACCACCAUUGGAAAAUUGUUUUCAUUUAGGCGGAAAUAAGACGGGAAGGUGAAAAAGAAGACCCUGACAAGACAGGAUUGGUUAGCAGGUUACUCGGACCUUUUUUAUAUUUUUGUAUUCAAGAUGUAUUUGUAAAUUUAACACGCUGCCUUAAUUUUAUAUGUAUUGUAUAACAAAGAUUUAUAAUAGCUGUUCUUGUGAAACACUUUAUUAGGUACACCUAUGUCAUAUACAAGGGCUGUUACAUGGAAAAAAUACAAAACAAAAACAAUUUUCAAAAAUGUCUGUUGGGUUAAUUGACCUCUAAAGUGUAUUUGAUGUUUACUUAGUCACAGAUGUUAGGUUUAUUGAAGACUAAAGUGUCUUUGAUGUAAAUAAACCAAGCAUGUUAACUGUAAUGUUAGAAGACUUAAAAUGAGUUAAAACUGUUUACAAAAUUAACCGAUAAAGCUGUUCAGAAAAUGGAAGGAACUUAUAUUAGGUUCAUAAGAGGCUAUAGUGUGUUUGAUGUUUACGAAAACGUACGUGGGUAAUGACGACUAUUUGUCUUUGAUAACGAAACGGUCUUUGAUGUUUCGGGAACUGCACAGGUUCGUUCUAAGACUAAAUUUGUCUUUAUUUACAAAAAUGCAUACAUAAAGUGUCUAUGGGCACCAAAUUGGAAUGUUAAAAAACAAAUUAAAAAGAUUGAAGUCUAAAUUGUAAAAAAAUAAAUUAAAAAAAAUCUUUUUUUUUUUACAAACACGUGCCUGUUAGGUUUAUGAAAGGAUUUUUUUUAAACACAAACAUACUGGUAGAUUAGGUUAAUGGCAGACAAACUAUUUGAUGUAUAAAAAGAUGUGUACAUUAGAUUCAUAUCAGUUAUAUGUAAACAGCAGACAAUUUAGUCUUCAAUAACUAGCAAGUGUCUUUAUCAACACCAAAGACCAAAUUUUCUUUGUUUACGAAAACACGGGCACAUCCUGCUGAGAGCUGUUAUUGUAUUUUGACCCUCACGUGCAGCUCAAUAAUCGAAUCACACUGCCUGAGUCUUGUGAUGCAAUUUCAUGGUGUACCUAAUGACGCAUCCAGUGAUUUUUUUACUUUGUUUGAAGAUGAUGUAAACUGGAUAGUAUGAUGUUAUUAGCACUUUCUAACUACAUUUCUUCCAAACAUUUUAUUGUUCUGGAAUGUUUAUCCUGAUGGUGGAAAAUUGGAUUCAUCCCACAAAGCUGCAAAGUAAACAUUCAUCUUUUCAUGACACUUUGACCCAUUUGUUCCUCAAAUGGUUUUUCCACACCCAGCUCAGCUCAUACUGUCUUUUAUUGGGCACGGUACAGCACAGCUAAUAAUUUACAUGAUGGCAAAUGUCACAACAGUAGACAAUGUGUAACAUUUGAAUGAAGAAAAAAAUAUUCUACAGCAGAAAAAUGUAUAAAAAGCAUGAUUAAAAUUCCAUAUUAGUUGAAAAGUUUUUUUGUCCGUCAUUUAUAAAAAAAAAAAAAAAAAAAAAAAAAAAAAAAAAAAAGUCAUUCAUUGUGCAUUUUUAGCACCAGUUAGUUUCCCAGGACUGUGGUGUUUUUUUGUCCUUUUUUUUUGGUUUUGUUUUUUUAGUGCUUGAGCCAGGGAUGAGCCAAGAUGGCCUCCUUGCUGCGGUCACCAUAGUCAUACAGCAGCUCCUCGGCCGCUUCGAUGUCCCUGGACGCCACCAGGAUGAGGUGAGGCGAGCCGUCAAUGGCGUGUAGCUUGGUCUGGCAGUUGCCCGCCUUGCUGUGGUUGAUCAGCCGGCCCAGGCGACCAGUCUCCCGCGUGGCGUCCACACUGCAGGCGGGAAAAAAUAAAAACAAAGUAAAAGCGGAUUACACUGGUGACGAGGGACUGUCCUAAAUUGUUCAGACAAUCACAAGUCCCGAGCUCGCUCUAUGAAUGUAUUUUUUUUGCACCCAAUCUUGACAAUUAGUCCUUUCAGAAAUAACAGCAUGGAACGAAAAUUAAAAAAUUACCGGAAUAAGUCAAAUAAGGAUUGUUCAAAGCAGUCUGAUUAUGAAAAUAUGUACAGUGAAAAGACCGACGUUAGGUUCAUUGAUGACCCAAAUUUAUCUAAGUUUAGAAAAACUUAAGUUAAUUGAUGACUAAAUUUAAUCACAUUCGUCAAAAACAUUUAUGCUGAUUUUGAAUGAACCACUAAAGACAAAAGUGUCAGUUUCAGGGAAAAAAAGACCUACAUUAGACAUUGGAUCCUUAACGACGUUUUGUUCAAAACUCAGUUAUUUUUUAACCACUGGUUAAGUAGACUUAACCGACCGUUAACUUUAACGGCACCGUUAUAUUGUUGUCCAAAACUCUUAACUUUAACCAGCUAUUAACUUGACGUUAAAGUUUACACACCUCAGGCCCGCCGCUAACAUUUUAACUGUGUGGUGAACUCUCGAGAUGGCGUUCGCGGCUAACGAUUCGCUUCAAACUUGGUAUCAUCUCAAGACAUGGGACAUCAAAAGUUGGGAAAAUAAAAUAUUUCAUAGAUUUAUUCAAUAAAUAAGACAUGACUGAUCUAUUUGGACAUUUGAAUGAUCUUACAUAAUGAAGUCAAAAACAAAUAUUGGAAACGAUAAACAUUGCACCUGUAAAAUGUCUAUAUUUUCCCUGUCCACGGUAACUUGAAUAACAGUCUAAAAUUUGAUUCAAUUAAAUAUAAUAAUAUAAGUUCAAAUAGAUAUAACAAGCCAAAAGAAUUAGCUCAUGGAUUUAUUAAGAAUAGUUGAUUAUGUCCCACAAUGAAGUGAGUUUUCCAGUAAGAGAUAUUGACAGAAUCAUAUUACAUCCGUGUGCCGCACCCGCAAAAUAUCUGCUGUAGUUUCUGCUCACAACCGUUUUUUCGCGAAACCGCAAGUCAUCAAAAUGAUGAAUUGUGGGAUAUAUUGGCGCUGACCAGUGACGUCAACCACACGGUUAACUUUGACGGUGCCGUUAACUAACAGUGCGACUGACCACGUUUUGAACAACGGAUAUUUAAUGGUCGGUUAGCUAAUGGCGGAGUAAGGAUUUAACCGGUGGUCGGGGGUUAAACAGUUUUGAAUAAUCGGGCCUAAAUUG